CCGCCCAGCGGUUUGAAGCGGCUGGGACCGCAACCCCCUCCGAGUCGCGCGCGAGGCGUGGGGCGGUGCUGAGGAUCUGAGGCCACGGGCAGCUAGACGCCAGGACUGUCCAGCGAGUGAGCGAGGAGCGGCGGGAACCCGCAGCCACAGCAGCCCCGGAGCCGCAGCCGCAGCCGCCGUCCGCGGAGCCCAGCCCAACCGGCCAUGGCGCUGUCGAUGCCCCUGAACGGGCUGAAGGAGGAGGACAAAGAGCCCCUCAUCGAGCUCUUCGUCAAGGCCGGCAGCGACGGCGAAAGCAUCGGAAACUGCCCCUUUUCACAGAGGCUCUUCAUGAUCCUUUGGCUCAAAGGUGUUGUGUUCAGUGUCACAACCGUUGACCUUAAAAGGAAGCCUGCAGAUCUGCAGAACUUGGCUCCUGGGACCCACCCACCGUUUAUAACCUUCAACAGCGAAGUCAAAACGGAUGUCAAUAAGAUUGAGGAAUUUCUUGAAGAAGUCUUGUGCCCGCCCAAGUACUUAAAGCUCUCACCAAAGCACCCAGAGUCAAACACUGCUGGAAUGGACAUCUUUGCCAAAUUCUCUGCUUACAUCAAGAACUCAAGACCAGAGGCUAAUGAAGCGCUGGAGAGGGGGCUCUUGAAAACGCUGCAGAAGCUGGAUGAGUAUCUGAAUUCUCCCCUCCCCGACGAAAUCGACGAGAACAGUAUGGAGGACAUCAAAUUUUCCACACGUAGGUUUCUGGACGGCGAUGAGAUGACAUUAGCAGACUGCAACCUGCUGCCCAAGCUCCACAUUGUCAAGGUGGUGGCCAAAAAAUACCGCAACUUCGAUAUUCCUAAGGGCAUGACAGGCAUCUGGAGAUACCUGACAAACGCCUACAGCAGAGAUGAGUUCACCAACACCUGUCCCAGCGACAAGGAGGUGGAAAUCGCGUACAGCGAUGUCGCCAAGAGACUUACCAAGUAGACAACACUUUUGAGAGAGAUGCCUUCAGAUUCCCCCAAGAAUACGCUUUCCUAACAGACUGCUCCGCCUCCUCUAAAGUAGAAGUGUAUUUUGCAUGAACACACAGUUACUCAAGACUAGGAAUAAGGGUAGACAAAGUAGGCCUCUCCAGUACACACUCCCAAGCAGUAUUAUGCUAAAUUCCUCUGCCCUGCCCUGCCCUGCCCUGCCCUGCCCUGCCCUGCCCUGCCCUGCCCAUCUGCUGCCCUCCAGUUUGGAGGUACUUCACCACAAGCGUGUCACCCAAGAGGCAGUUUGCUGUCACUCUGGAGCCCCAAGCAUCACGUCCAUUCACUGUGUAGAUGGCAGAACCUGAGGGGCAGUGUUCAGCCAUUAGACAAGUAGCCGCGCCAUCAUUGGACCCCACACUGCUGUGUGCAUGGUGCAGGGGGACUAUUUAUGUUCUGGAGAAGUUGUAAUAUUGAGUGAGGUGUCUGGAAGGAUUACUACUCUGUCAGACAUGCUGUUUCAGUGUAGCCUGUUGUGGAAUGCCUGAGGAGACUGCUUCUGUAAGACGCUGGUUUCUUGGUAGACACUUAAUUUUGCCUAAAAUGUGUCGUUUGUAUAAAUUGUAACAUCCGCAACUACAUAAACAGUGAAGGACUGACUAAGGGUUAGGAAGACCUUUUCAAAAUGACCAGAGAAGACUGGGUGGGGUCUCUGUGUGCCUUACCUGCUAUGAGGGAAUCACCCAGGGCCACCCAUGCAUCUAAGGUAUUGCUCCCUUCAUUUGUCACAGACUUUCUUUUCUCUUUUUGUGGUGCCUGGGAUGGAACCCAGGGCUUCGUGUAGGCCUGGCAAGGCUCUGCCCCUGAGCUGCACCAUGCCCUGCCUCCCUCUGAGUGAAAAGCUCCUUUCUUGGGUGACCAUCUAUCUUCCUGACUUUGAGCAACAAAGACUAGCAUGUGAGCCACUCAGAAGUAGGAGGCUCAGGGGGAAUUUGCUGAAAUGUUACACUUUACUCUGGAGAUGGGGUGAAGAAUGUGUCCUGGGCCAUCUUAAACUCCCGUGAAGCUCAGGCCACGUGUUCCUGUCCCAUCUCCAUUUGCAUCAGACCAGGUGAGAGUUCCUUCACUUCUCUUGGGAUAAAUUGUAGUUGUCACAGUGAAUGUAUUUCCACAGUUUUGCCCAAUGUCAGUCACUGCACAGAAGGCUAGCCCUCUGUGGUUUUCUUACCGUUUGUUUUGAGACAGGAUAUUACUCCGAAGUCCUGGUUGGCCUGGAACCUGAUGGGUAGACCAAGCUGACUCCAAGCUCGUGGCAGCCCUCCUGCAUUUGCCUCCUGAGUGCCAGCUAGGAUUACGGCCUUCACCACCAUGUCUGGCUUGUUUUCUCAUUUUUAAAAACAUAGCUAAAAGUUGUUUGCCAUCUAACAAAGGAGAAGGAGCUUUGUAAAAACAGGCCCCUCCCACCCAGACAAAAUGGCUUCUCAGAGGCACUCCAGAGCCUGCUUGUGACUCUGUGUACUUGGCUACAUUUUUUUGGUCAUUUUUUUUUUUUUAACAUGUUCAAGAAAUGCUCUUUCUCACUCCCCAGUUCACUGCUUUAAGGCGGCCGUGCUUUCCCCUAUGGUGUGCUGACACUUAAUAAAUGCCAGCUUUAUGGAAGCAUUCCGACUCAUAGCAGCUUCCUUUUAAAACUUACUAAGAAUUUGCUUAGCACGGGGGACAGGGAAAGCUUGGCAGUGGUCCCUGUGGCUCAGGAAGAUGCCGCGGCCUCCGGUUUCACCCUUAUUGAUCAUCAGGGUGUGAGCACCCUGCCCCAUGCAAACUGGGGGGUGGUCUGUCUGGUUCCAAAGGGGGGGCACCAUCUCUUCUCCUCUGAAAAAUGACCCUGCAGUGUCUCUGUGGGUGGAAGUGUCCCAACUUUGCUUAAUGAUGACUUGGCCAUGGGUGGGGUUGAGUCUUGAAGAUUCCAGAGAAGAGGUGCCUGUUCUUUCUAUGAGAGGGCCAAGUGAGGGCUCCUGGGUAAGAGCUGCGCUCCUCCAGCAGGGUGUGCAGACGGGCUUUAGUGGGUGUGAGGUGCCCACGCCUGGGUGUUUAUUCUCUGUGGCUUCCUAAAAUUGCCUCUUGGUUGCCCCUGCCGUCUCUGGAUAUCCAAGGAAAGUCGGUCUAGGUUUUGGCAAAGGCAGAAUGGGUUUCCUUUAUAGAGACACAGUUUUGUAUUGAGAAGGUCAAACAGAUUUGAGAUUGGCAGAUGGACAGAGACUUUAAAAAGGAAGAGCCCGCAGCCGGCCCUCUGCACUUGGUGUGUACCAGGAUCAUGGCGGCUUACAGUCUUGAGCUGUGAGCUGUGAGUGUUUCUACUCCGCUGGUGCAGGGCGUGGCCACACGAGUGGCUCCUCCCUCUGCUCCUGCUUAGCUUCCGUCUUGGAGAAGGGAUUCUGAGUGGGGUCUGCCCAUUUUCCAGUGGAUGCUAAGAAACUAUCAGACAGUGGGAGGGAAGCCUGACUGUUUUAAGUACCGUCACUUCCUUUUGAUUUAGAUAUAGACUUUGAAUACAAUGCAAUUUCCGCAGUAACAUUAGCUUCCAUAGCAGUUUAUACCAUUCAGAGGUUCUGACUGGUUUGUACACUAGGCUGGUCAGCUCUAGAAUUUAGGCAUUUAUACUUUUCCUGAGUUAUGUUUCCAGAACCUCCUCAGAGUUGCAUGUAGAUAGCAUUUAUUUCUGCAUAUUUAAAAAAAAAUCUAGGAAAUAUCUAUAAAGAAAAAAUGAGAAGUAGAAAUUAUUUUUUUCACGAAGAUUUUGGUCCACACCUCAUUAAGUUGUAAUGGAUUCUUCAGUUUCUUGAGCUGGCAAUACUCAACAUUUGGUUCAGAGAGAGAGAGAGAGGGAGAGCAAGAGAGCGUUUGUUAGUGAAACUCACUCUCUUCUAAAAGUUUAUUAUAUCAAAGUGGGGGAAACUAAAAUUAUUUUAUCAAGGAAAGAAUAUUAAGUCCCAAGCCAUAAAAGUUUAGCUCCCAAGCCAUAAUGCCGAGCAGCUUUGGGGUAUUUUCUAGAAUUCCUUGGGUAGGAAUGAAAGCUCAUCAUAAAAUGCUUGCAUUUUCUUCUCUCUGGAACAUCAACACCAGUAUAUUGCUGGCAGCUAUUGUAUUAAAAAAAUAAAUAUAUUUUCACUAUCAAA